UGGUAUUCUAUGAUUUAUGACUGUUACUGUCGUUUCGUUCUGUUUUUUAGGUUAAUAACUUUUACAUUUGAAAUAAUUAAGAUAUUUUUUUAAAUUUCAAUGUAAAUAAUAAAAUGACUGUUUAUAAUAUUUACAUAUUUGACAAAGCAGGUACACUACUAUAUUAUCAAGAGUGGAAUAGAUUGAAACAAUCUGGUAUGACUAGAGAAGAGGAGGCUAAAUUAAUGUAUGGUAUGCUAUUUUCCAUUAAGUCUUUCGUAAGUAAAAUAUCGCCGAUAGAUAUAAAGGAAGGAUUCCUUCAUUAUAAAACGUCAAAAUAUGCGUUACACUUUCUUGAAACUCCAGCAGGGUUGAAGUUCAUCUUAAAUACAGAUAUUAAUUCACAAGGAGUCCGGGAUAUACUGCAGCAGAUAUAUAGUCAGGUUUAUGUGGAGUAUGUAGUCAAAAAUCCUCUCUGCAGUUUAUCACAACCUAUAGAAUCGGAUUUAUUUAAAAGUACUUUAGACACUUAUAUGAAACAGUUGCCGAUAUUUUCUGCUAAACCUUUAUAAAUCUAUAUAGGACGGUUAUACCUGAAUAAUUUACAUUUGUAUAAUAUUAAAGUGGGAAAAUUUUGAUGUGAAAUUAAUGAAGCACAUGUAAAAUAAAAAAUAAAAUAUU